AUGUUCCAGCCCCUUCAUCAUCCAUCCUAUCCCGUUACUUCUUUCUACCACAAAGCCCUAGGAAAAGCCGAUGUCGAAAAGCUACCUGGCAAACCGGUGCCAAAGGUCCCAAGACAUGAGAAUCCCUGGCAAGACGCCCAAAACACAGAACAAGGUUCGAUUGCAGCGCCGUUGAGCUUCCAAGUCCUCAUUUCGCAAAAGAAGGAUAUGGUGUAUCUCACGAUGGAUUUUUGCAAUGUCACGGUGGAUCUCACUAAUGGCCUUGUUGAGGCGAGCCUCCACGUUGUUGAUGGUGCCGUAGGAGGUGGAUGA